AUGGCGCUGGUAGCCCGAGUGCGCGCUCUGCUGCUCCCUGGAUCCCGGCUCCGUGGCGCAACGCUCGGAAGGGCGGCCAAUGGCGGCGGAGCGGGCGCGCGGCGCGCCUUGAGCCACCGGGUGCUGGUGGAGGCGGACCCGGCGGCAGGGGUCGCCGUGGUGAAGUUCAGGAAUCCCCCCGUGAACAGCCUCAGCCUGGAGAUGCUCACGGAGCUAGGGAUCUGCCUGGAGAAACUGGAGAACGACAAGACGGUCCGCGGCAUCGUCCUCACGGCGGACCGCCCUGGCAUCUUCUCGGCCGGCCUGGACCUGACUGAGAUGUGCGGGCGGAACCCGGCCCACUACGCCGAGUUCUGGAAGGCCGUGCAGGAGCUGUGGCUGCGGCUGUACCAGUCCAACAUGGCGCUGGGAGCUGCCAUCAACGGCACCUGUCCAGCAGGCGGCUGUUUACUCUCCCUGACCUGUGACUACCGCAUCCUGGCUGACAACCCUAAGUACACCAUCGGGCUGAACGAGACCCAGCUGGGUAUUUUCGCCCCCUUCUGGUUCAAGGACACAAUGGUGAACACCAUCGGGCACCGUGCCACAGAGCGGGCCCUGCAGCUGGGGCUUCUCUUCACGCCCGCUGAGGCCCUGCAGGUGGGCCUAGUGGACCAGGUGGUGCCCGAGGACCAGGUGCAGAGCACAGCCCUGUCGGUCAUGUCCCAGUGGCUGGCCAUCCCAGACCACGCCCGGCAACUGACCAAGACCAUGAUGCGCAAGGCGACCGUGGACCAGCUGCUGAAGCACAGGGAGGCCGACAUCCAGAACUUCGUCAGCUUCAUCUCGCGAGACUCUAUCCAGAAGGUGCUGCAGGUGUACCUCCAGAAGCUCAGAAAAAAGAACCACUGA